AUGAGGAGCCGCGGUGCCUGUCUAGGCUCCCAGUGCAGACCAGUACUUGAGCGCCGGUAUGUCACUUGGAUUGCCAUUGCCGACAUCGAUACUUUCGCCGCAGAAGUUGUAAACGUUCUUCGCAUUCCGACCUCCUACGCUGCCUGGAUCAAAGUCCCAGGAUCUCAACUUUACACUGACAAUCAAGUAUCAUUUCUGAAAAAUAUUGCGACAUAUGCCAUCAACAGUUACAGCAUGCACAUUAUUAUUGAUCUUCACUAUCUUCCUGGUGGCGUCAAUGGAAUGCCAUUCGGAGAAGCAGAAGGGCAUUAUGGCUGGAGUAACAAUGCGACAGCCCUCACCUAUUCUUUGCAAGCCGUUGAUGCUGUGACCUGCUGA